ACGCCAACACCACUUAGUCCCUUCAAACCGGAAGAGAAAAAUAAACCUCAAUUCCUUAACUUCCGAGGGUUUCCACUUAGGGUUUAUUCUUCUUCUUGGAUCUAGGACUAUUGGAAUCUUUGGUUUUGGAUAAUUCGUGAUAUUUACUCCUUUGGGUUGCUUUUGUUUUUCUGGAGGGAUUUUAUAUUGUUAAAUUUUUGGAGUUCGGGGUUAGAUUAUAAAAGGGAAAUUCUCAAUAGCCAAUGCCAUAUUUGGGUAAUUGGUAUUUGAAAGGUUUAUUGUCUGCGUUUUUUUUUGGUUUGGCGAGACCGAAAAAAGGUGAUCAAUGUCUUGGGCAGGCCCUGAAGAUAUCUACCUCUCUACUUCUCUUGCCAGUUAUCUUGACAGGAAACUUUUAGUGCUCCUGCGAGAUGGUCGGAAGCUUAUGGGAAUAUUGCGCUCAUUUGACCAAUUUGGUAAUGUUUUCUUGUCACCUAACCUUCUGGACCUGACAUGCCUACCAGUUUUAUCUGUUCCUGACAAUUUUAAAUAUGUUUCAGCCAAUGCUGUUCUUGAGGGUGCUUGUGAAAGAGUUAUAGUUGGUGAUCUUUACUGUGAUAUCCCUUUAGGUCUAUAUGUAAUCCGUGGGGAGAAUGUUGUCUUGAUUGGUGAACUGGAUUUGGAGAGAGAGGAACUUCCUCCGCAUAUGACUCGUGUUUCUGUUGCAGAAAUAAGAAGGGCACAGAAAGCAGAAAGCGAGGCAACAGAUCUCAAAGGUACAAUGAGGAAAAGAAUGGAGUUUCUUGAUUUGGACUAACGCAUAUUCCCUGCAACCUGUUUUAGGUAUCCACAAGUUUUAUGGAGGAGGUUGGUGUAGUAGAUGUGUUGUGUAGGCUAGAAGAUCCUCCAUCUCCCUCUCAGCAUCCAGUUAUUGUAACAUUUGUGAACAAUGCAUCUGACAAGGCUUAGCCUCCAUUUGCUGGUGCCUUAAAUUUAGUUUUGGACACUAGUUGGAUAUUUUCACUUAUGGGUAUUCU